AUUGACAAUUGUUAAAAAUAUGGGGUUUGGAUACAAAAUAAGUUUAACGUUAAUACAACGUCGGAAUCCAGUCAUGAUGCGCACGAAUUCAUUGACAAGAUUUCGUCAUUAGUGGUCGCGGGGGGAAAGGCCGACGCCGGUCACCUCGCCAUUCCUCCCUUCCUCCCUGCUACAAUAAUAUUUCAUCAUAAAUCGACCGGAGAAGAAAGGUUCUGAUCGUCAUUGGUCCCUUCAUUCAUACUUCUGUAAUGCAAUAUAAAGGAUAAGGAAAGACAAAAGAAGAAGUUCAUCUUUGGGGGCCAAUUUUCAACAGCUGCUUCUCUGUUUUCAGAUACAUCAGUAGUCUGAUAUGGGGCAUUUAGAUGAAUCAAACCAGACAUCUGAGGAUUUGGAUUCAGAGAAUGCAGCCACAAACAAUGGCUAUGAAGCAACUGUGCAUCCUGCCAUUACCCAUGAUGAGUCCACUCAAAUCGCUUCAAAUAAAAAGACGAUUUCCUUAUCAUCCAGUUCUUCCUCCACCUCGUCUGUUAUAUCGCUGGAAGAUCUUCAAAUAUUAGAUAGCGAACAUGAUGAAGACCACAAUGAGAAUAUGAGUGAUUCUGGAAAGCCAACCAUCCAAGUGAUGGAGCAUCCGGAAACAAUCCCAUCUCAUGUUGUUGCGAAAAAGAUAUUCAGUGGUCCGGGUAACUGGAGCAUGGCUUCAAAUGAGUCAUUAUUCAGCAUUCGUAUGGACAGCACCAACUUCUGCCACCUUGACAGUUUCAGCCCGUUGUUUGACUUGCCAAACGACGGCCAAUGUGUAGAUGGGAAAAUUCUUGAAACGGACGAGGAAUACAAUCAAGGAUCAAGCAUUCUUGAUGAUCCCGCGUUUGAAGAAGAUAGAGGAAGUUGUUUUUCUGCUAUUACCAGCAGCAGUUCAAACUCUUUGGUGUUUCCAAUUUUAUCAGGAGAGAUGGAGAAUGACGGUUCACCUUACCCCCGCGGUUCACUGAUAGGACCAGUGCCAGAGUCACCACCAAAGCCAGAGCUAGAGCCUAAAGCAUCAGGAGACGAGGAGGCAGAAGCAAAAGAAACAACCACAAAUUUAACUUGGACUAAAUGGUUUCCAUGUUUUAGAUAUUGUGCAUGUUGUUCUUGAGUCGAGUCACCAAUCUGUUAUUAGAUAUGUUUUGCAUAACUGGUUGUAUCUGGACUUGAUGAGAGUUUCUACAAGUUUCUGCCAUUUUUCAUGAUUAGUGCUUUUAGCAUAUAAAAUCA